GUAUGUUUUCAGAGAAAGCAAUGGAAGACGGUUCGACUCUUUAUAUCCAGUACGUUCAAAGACAUGAACAAUGAAAGAGAGUAUUUGGUCAAAACUGUCGUCCCGGCGUUGCGGCAAUGGUGCGACGAACGCAAGCUCAGACUGAUAGAGUGUGACUUAAGAUGGGGCGUACCAAAAGAUGCCGACACCAGAGAAACUUUGAUGGCGUGCCUUUCAGAGAUUGAUCGGUGCCGUGAAGAAAACGUAUAUCCGUACUUUCUGUGUAUGCUAUCAGAACGCUACGGGUACGUGUGCGACGCAAUGGACGUACCCGAAGAUAUAAAAGGCAGAUACAACUGGCUGCCUGGUAUGUCUGUAACUGCCUUAGAAAUUUUCACUGGUGCCUAUUGGGACAGGAGCCCACAUGCGUUGUUCAUGUUACGAGAUGGUAGUUUCAUCUCAGAUAUCAAAGACGACAGUAUCAGGGAAUAUUUUACCGAACAGAAGCCAGACUCCAUUGAUUCGUUGAAAACAUUAAAAGACAAGAUCAAGUCCACAUUUCCAAAAAAUCAAGUCAAAGAAUACAAGUGCCAAAUAAAAGACCAGGAUGAUGGAAAAGUCAUUCUUACUGGGUUUGAAAAAUUUGGUAAUGACAUCAUAAAGCAUUUUAAGGGUGCUUUAACGCAUCACUAUCCUAAUGACGCUCUGGGCGAGGAAAUGACAGAAGUGGAAAUUCUUAGGGAGGAGCAGAAAGAUUUCCUGUUACAGAGGUCAGGGGUUUUAUUGGGUCGAGAUGACGCAGUGAAUACCAUCAAGGACUAUAUAGAGGACACAUCUAAAAAUAGCAAGAUGCUAUUACUGGCGGGAUUCCCCGGUGCUGGUAAAAGCUCUCUCAUGGCCUACUCCGCUAAAAUGGCGCUUCAGAGACCAGAUUAUAAGGUUUUUUAUCAUUUUGUCGGUGCUACCCCGGACUCAACCAAUCCCUACAACAUUCUGUCCAGAAUUUACCGUGAAUGUAUGCCCAGUGAGGACAAUAUUCCCAAAGACGUUGAAGAGAUGAUCCGAUUUGCCCCUACCAUGUUCCAAACCUCUACUAAGACAACCCUCUCUAAACAUUAUAAAAAACUAGUCGUUUUUAUUGACGCACUGAACCAGAUGGAAGAAGAAGCCAAUUCCGCCGAGUUGUCCUGGUUGCCGAAAGAGAUGUUCCCUGGUUUACGGAUCAUCGUCAGUACGUUGGAAGGCAAAUAUCUGAAUGCCUUAACCAAGGCAAAAAUCAAACCCCAACAGCUCCUGGUCGAACCUUUAAAACCGGAAGUUAGGAGGCAGAUCGUCGUAGAGAUUUUACAGGAAUUCAACAAACAACUCGACGAAGAACAGUUAUCUGUGUUGGUAGCUAAAGAAGACUCUGGUCGUCCAUUGUGGUUGAGUAUAGCUUGUGAGGAACUCAGGGUGUAUGGUGAUUUUAAAACUUUGAUAGAUAAAAUAGUUUCUCUACCAAAGGAUUUGGCUGGUUUGACUACAAUGGUCUUGGAUCGUAUCGGUAAAGAUUACGGUGAAGAGUUUGUGCGAGCUACACUUUGUGUUCUGGAAACAUCAAGAUUUGGGUUGAUGGAGUCGGAGAUAUUGGAGUUACUGGCCUUGAAACCUAUAGACUAUAAUCCUAGCGUCCCAGCCAAUAAUAAAACAGGCAAACGAAUCAGCAUGGCACAGGUACGUUAA